AUGGGAGAUUUUAAUGACGUACGGGAGGUGUCGGAAAGGUUAAUUUCGGAAUUCGUUGAAUCAAAUGCCGAGGCAUUUAGCCACUUUAUUUUAUCGGCCGGGCUACAUGAAUAUAAUAUGGGGGGUGGGCGGUUUACGUAUAUUUCGGACAAAGGUGACAAACUGAGUAAAUCAGGUUUUAGUAUGCUUGGGGUUCAUGGAGAGAUGGCCAACCGCCUCUUUAUUAGCUCUGGAUUGGGAGGUGUCGGACCACCGCCCUCUCGUUUUGAACACGGUCCCUUCGGACUUUGGGCAUAUCCCAUUCAAAUGCUACAAUUCAUGGUUCAGAUGUGUAACUCAUUCCACUUUUCUGGUCCGGAGGAUUUGGCACUUGCAAUUAAAUUAAGAUGGUUGAAAAAAAAGAUCAAAACCUGGAUUAAAGAGGAUAAAAGUAGAACGGAAGGCGAGUAUUGGGCGAAUAAGAAACGGGUCGCCGACUUCGACAAGUUGGCUCAAGAUAGGCUCUUGGUGGAGGAAGAGCUGAAUGAUAGGGCUGAAUGCAAACAGGCGGUGGCGGAGUAUGAAAGGCUGAAACAUAUGGAUAUUCGCCAAAAGUCGACGAUUAGGUGGGCUCUCGAGGGAGAUCAAAACUCAGCGUUUUAUCAUGGGAUCAUUAAUUCGAACAUAAGCAAUAAUAGAGUUAAUGGUCUGAUGGUUGACGGCUCUUGGAUAACUAAUCCGGUGGCAAUUAAGGAGUGCUUUUAUGAUUUUUUAAGCUGCUCAGUUCUCUGA